UGUGUCUGCUACGUUAGCUAGCAUGCUCCAGCACAAAACAAUUAAGUGUUUCUGGCUCCAGUGGUAGAGCGUUGGCUACGCGUGUAGCUAGUUUCAUUCAUUUAUUUUGAGGCCGAUUACAUUGUGCAUCCCAGUACUGAAAGAAGAUGGCUGCUCCGGAUAUGCGCCUCAACCACACCAUAUACAUCAACAACCUGAACGAGAAGAUUAAAAAAGAUGAACUGAAGAAGUCGUUGUACGCAAUCUUCUCUCAGUUUGGUCAAAUCCUGGACAUUUUGGUUGCCCGCUCCCUGAAGAUGAGGGGUCAGGCCUUUGUCAUCUUCAAGGAGGUCAACAGCGCCUCCAAUGCCCUGCGUUCCAUGCAGGGGUUCCCAUUCUAUGACAAACCUAUGCGUAUUGGGUACGCCAAGGGGGACUCUGACAUCAUCGCUAAAAUGAAGGGCACCUACGUGGAGCGGGACCGUAAGAAGGAGAAAAGGGCCAAGGUCAAGGGCCCAGAGGCUGCAGGGGCCAAAAAGGGUGUGCCAGGGACCCCUGUAGUACCCAUGGGCCCUGGAGUUCCAACACCCAUGACCGGAAUGCCACCCAUGAGCGGAGCUCCUCGUAUGAUGCCAAUGCCAGGGCAGCCCCCCUACAUGCCCCCGCCAGGCAUGAUGCCACCUCCAGGGAUGGGCCCUGGGGGGAUGCUCCCUGGUGCCAUGCCUCCGGGUGGGAUGAUGCCCGGGCAAAUGCCCCACGCCCAGGUUGCAGAAAACCCUCCCAACCACAUCCUUUUCCUCACCAACCUCCCAGAGGAGACCAACGAGCUCAUGCUGUCUAUGCUCUUCAACCAGUUCCCUGGGUUCAAAGAGGUGCGUCUGGUGCCUGGUCGCCACGACAUUGCCUUUGUGGAGUUUGAUAAUGACGUGCAGGCUGGAGCGGCCAGGGAGGCACUACAGGGCUUCAAGAUCACYCAGACCAACGCCAUGAAGAUCUCUUUCGCCAAGAAAUAACACACCAGAGAGCUCUUGAGUGGUUUACAAUCACACACACACACACAGACCUCUCUUCCCCCUUAAACUAUGCCAGCACAGAGCCGACUACUAACCUGUCUUUCGCUAAGAAAUCACAAUGCGAUACAGCCCCUCCCCCCCAAGCUCCACCCCCCCCCCAAG